AUGGGCGAACUGAGCUCGCGCUACAAGUAUUCGUCGGAUCGAAUGACGUUCUCGUGCCCAGGAGAAGACGACGACCGCGAAGACAGCCGCGAGAAGAAGCUCAUGGCACGCUCCAUUUUGGAAGCGCGCGUCAAGGGCUACCUCGCCACGUCACUCUCGAACGACCUGCUGCGGCGCGUCCGCACCGACAUCAACAUCCUCCAGUCGCUCAAGCUCUGCGGCUUUGACCUUGGCGACCGAGGCGCCUUGCUCAUCGGAAAGGCGCUCGCCUCGAACCACUCGUUACUCGUCCUCGACAUUGGGUUCAACGGGAUCACGGACAAGGGCCUCGUCGCCGUCGCCAAGGCCCUCGAGACAAACCAGACUCUCACAACGCUGUACCUCUCCGGCAACUGCAUUGGCGUCGAAGGCGCGGCCGACGUCUCGCGUGCGCUUCAAGUCAACACGACGUUGCAGGCGUUGUACCUCAGCGGCAACGGCAUUACCGACGAAGGCGCGCUGCACAUUGCGACCGCGCUCAAGGCCAACAGCGCGCUCAAGUCGCUCUACUUGGGCACGACAACCUCGGCGUGA